GAAGCCCUCGACCCGUCGAUCGUUAUUGUCAACUAUCUUCGCCCAACCCUCUUCCCGAUCUCUCCCUUCCGUCGCCUUUCUCCCUACAAAGACGGUGGUCCGUUCGCGAGGGUUUCCUUCUCGCCCUUCGCUCCUUCGUCGUGAAUCAGAGGGUCUCUCUGACGCUUCACGGAGGAGAAAGGCUGAAAUCCGCGGAAGAUCGAGGGAAAACAAAAAAUGACCAGAAGGCUAAAAGAUGUGGAAAUUAGCUUUCCAAUUGUCUAUGGAACUAUAGCAUUUUGGCUUGGUAAAAAGGCAAGCGAGUACAAUUCACACAAAUGGACUGUUUAUGUUCGUGGGGCAACAAAUGAGGAUUUGGGUGUCAUAGUUAAGCGUGCUGUAUUUCAACUGCACCCUAGUUUCAACAAUCCAACUAGGGUUGUAGAAUCAGCACCUUUUGAACUUUCAGAGUCUGGAUGGGGUGAAUUUGAAAUAGCUAUUAGACUCUUCUUCCACAGUGAUGUAUGUGACAAACAACUGGACCUAUAUCACCAGCUAAAAUUGUUUCCUGAGGAUGAAAAUGGACCCCAGUCAAUCAAAAAACCCGUCGUUGUGGAGAUAUAUGAUGAAAUUGUUUUCUCUGAGCCUACAGAAGCGUUGUUUGCACGGGUCCAGAAUCAUCCUGCUGCAAUUGUUCCAAGGCUACCUUCUGGCUUAAACUUGCCACCUCCUGGUCCUGUUAAUAAUAUCAAUGAGAAGAAAAGAGGUGAUACCAAGGACCAUCCACUAAAUCAGUGGUUUAUGAACUUCUCAGAGGCAGACGAGCUAUUGAAACUUGCAGCUGCUCGUCAAUAUGUACAGGGCCACGUAGGAAAGCUCAGGAGACAGUUGAGCAUGAUUGAUGGCCUGCCUCAACUGUCAAAAGCUGCUUCCGGACAAUAGAUCUCUUCCACCAUGCUCUUCAGUUAGAUACUGCGUGGACAGAGAUUCUGCAGCAAUCGCCGAAAAGGUAUUAUCGCCUCGCUUCUAUUUAUUACUGCAUUAUUGAGUUCCUGCAAUGCAAUUGAGGAUGGAGGAUUUAGAGGUGCAAGAGUAUGUCCGAUAGUUAUCAACAAAAGCGAAGUCUGUCAGGCCUCAAUCAAACUCCUCUCAGCUUGUGCAUAGUAGUAACAGCUAUUGUUAAAGGACUGAGUGAUGUCACUAGUUUUGUCGUGUUCAUGUAACCUAUCGUCGUGGUCUCGAGCUGCAUCUCGAGAACAAAAUUGAGGGACCCAACAUACAUAAAUAAAGCUAGAGUAGAUUGAUCCGUGAAGAGUGAGCCGUCACCACUUAAUGCAAAUUUAUUUGACUCGCACUUUCCAUCUGUCUCUAUUCAUCUCUU